AAUUUAACCCGGAAGUUGGUGUUGUCGUCGCUUGGGAGUUGGCUGGACGAGGAAGCGGUGGAUCGCAGAUUAAGGACCAGAACCAACACCGAGACCUGAAAGUGCGACCAGAACCGGAACCAGAGACCCGAGUCCACGUGCCGCUUCAGACCGAUACCGAGUAUUGUGUAACUUCUCCCAGUUUAAAAGUGAGCCAGCAGCUCCCUUAGCCCGCUAGCAGCUAGUUACCCUGCUAACAGGGAAGUGACGGCGACAGAUUAAGUCGGGCACGAGCCACAGGUGCGUUUUCUCCAGAGGACUCGGACAGAAGACGACGAUGAGCGGAGGACUAAACAGCAUCGAUGCCGUGAAGAAGAAGAUCAAAGUGCUGCAGGAGCAGGCGGAGGAGGCGGAUGACCGAGCCGCCAGACUGCAGAAGGAGGUGGAGAAGGAGAAGCGGAGCAGAGAGGAGGCGGAGGCGGAGGUGACCGCUCUCAGUCGCCGCCUGCAGCUCAGCGAGGACACUCUGGAGCGAGCCCAGGGGCAACUGUCCUCCACCCUCCAUAAACUGGACGAGGUGGAGAAGUCAGCCGACGAGAGCGAGAGAGGUAUGAAGGUGAUUGAGAAUAGAGCUCUGAAGGAUGAGGAGAAGAUGGAGCAGCUGGAGGUCCAGCUGAGAGAAGCCAAGCUGAUCGCUGAGGAGGCCGACCGCAAAUAUGAGGAGGUGGCUCGUAAGCUGGUGAUGGUGGAAGGUGAACUGGAACGAGCUGAAAACCGAGCUGAGCAGGGCGAGAGUAAGGUUCAGAAGUUGGAGGAACAGUUGAGGAGCUUUGACCAGUCGCUGAAGACCCUGCAGGCAUCGGAGGACAAGUACUCUCAUAAGGAGGACCGGUAUGAAGAGGAGAUCAAGAACCUGAGCAACAAGCUGAAGGAGGCGGAGAUCAGAGCCGAAGCUGCCGAGCGGUCAGUGGCCAAACUGGAGCGAACCAUCGACGGGCUGGAGGAUGCUUUUUCUUCUGGUGACAAAGAAUGAGGAGAUUCAGAAACACUCAUUGAUCGUGAUUGGUCCGCUAAUCAGGAGCCUCACUCUGGUCCUUGCUGUGAUCAUCCUCCAUGUAGAGAGGAUGAAGGGCUGUCGUUCCUCCUUCCUCCUCUUCCAGUUCUGGAUUCUCCUGGUCCUCUGCUCCCUGGU